AUGAGGAACUCAGCGGGCUCCACACCAGGGACAGGGAAUCCUCCUCGGGGAAAGCGGGCUCCAAACCAGGGACAGCGGACUUCUCCUCAUGGACAGCGGGCUCCAAACCAGGGACAGCGGACUCCUCCUCAGGGACAGCGGGCUCCAAACCAGGGACAGCCGGACUCCAAACCAGGGACAACGGACUCCAAACCAGGGACAGCAGGCUCCAAACCAGGGACAGUGGGCUUCAAACCACUGACAGCGGGCUCCAAACCAGGGACUGCGGGCUCCAAACCACGGACAGUGGACUCCAAACCAGGGACAGCGGGCUCCAAACCAGGGACAACGGACUCCAAACCAGGGACAGCAGGCUCCAAACCAGGGACAACGGACUCCAAACCAGGGACAGCGGGCUCCUCACCAGGGACAGCAGACUCCAAACCAGGGACAGCGGACUCCUCCUCAGGGACAGCAGGCUCCAAACCACGGACAGCAGGCUCCAAACCAGGGACAGCGGGCUCCAAACCAGGGACAAAGGACUCCAAACCAGGGACAGCAGAUUCCUCACCAGGGACAACGGACUCCAAACCACGGACAGCGGACUCCUCACCAGGGACAGUGGGCUCCAAACCAGGGACAGCAGGCUCCAAACCAGGGACAACGGACUCCAAACCAGGGACAGCGGGCUCCUCACCAGGGACAGCAGACUCCAAACCAGGGACAGCGGACUCCUCCUCAGGGACGGCAGGCUCCAAACCACGGACAGUGGGCUCCAAACCAGGGACAGCGGGCUCCAAACCAGGGACAAAGGACUCCAAACCAGGGACAGCAGAUUCCUCACCAGGGACAACGGACACCAAACCACGGACAGCGGACUCCUCACCAGGGACAGUGGGCUCCAAACCAGGGACAGCGGGCUCCAAACCAGGGACAGCGGGCUCCAAACCAGGGACAGCGGGCUCCUCACCAGGGACAGUAGACUCCUCCUCAGGGACAGCAGGCUCCUCACCAGGGACAGCAGACUCUAAACCAGGGACAUCGGGCUCCAAACCAGGGACAACGGACUCCAAACCACGGAAAGCGGACUCCUCACCAGGGACAGCGGGCUCCAAACCAGGGACAGCGGGCUCCUCACCAGGGACAGCGGGCUCCAAACCAGGGACAGCGGGCUCCAAACCAGGGACAGCGGGCUCCUCACCAGGGACAGCGGGCUCCUCACCAGGGACAGCAGACUCCAAACCAGGGACAUCGGGCUCCAAACCAGGGACAACGGACUCCAAGCCACGGAAAGCGGACUCCUCACCAGGGACAGCAGACUCUAAACCAGGGACAUCGGGCUCCAAACCCGAGACAACGGACUCCAAACCACGGAAAGCGGACUCCUCACCAGGGACAGCGGGCUCCAAACCAGGGACAGCGGGCUCCUCACCAGGGACAGCGGGCUCCAAACCAGGGACAGCGGGCUCCAAACCAGGGACAGCGGGCUCCUCACCAGGGACAGUAGACUCCUCACCAGGGACAGCGGGCUCCUCACCAGGGACAGCAGAUUCUAAACCAGGGACAUCGGGCUCCAAACCAGGGACAACGGACUCCAAACCACGGAAAGCGGACUCCUCACCAGGGACAGCGUGCUCCAAACCAGGGACAGCGGGCUCCUCACCAGGAACUGCGGGCUCCAAACCACGGACAGCGGACUUCCCCUCAUGGACAGCGGGCUCCAAACCAGGGACAGGACAGCAGGCUCCAAACCAGGGACAACGGACUCCAAACCACAGACAGCGGACUCCUCACCAGGGACAGCGGGCUCCAAACCAGGGACAGCGGGCUCCUCACCAGGGACAGCGGGCUCCAAACCAGGGACAGCAGACUCCAAACCAGGGACAGCAGGCUCCAAACCAGGGACAACCGACUCCAAACCACGGACAGCGGACUCCUCACCAGGGACAUCGGGCUCCAAACCAGGGACAGUGGGCUCCUCACCAGGGACAGGGGGCUCCUCACCAGGGACAGCGGGCUCCAAACCACGGACAGCGGACUUCUCCUCAUGGACAGCGGGCUCCAAACCAGGGACAGCGGGCUCCAAACCAGGGACAGUGGGCUCCAAACCAGGGACUGCAGGCUUCUCCUCAGGGACAGCGGGCUCCAAACCAGGGACAGCAGGCUCCUCACCACGGACAGCGGACUCCAAACCAGGGACAGCAGGCUCCAAACCAGGGACAGCGGGCUCCAAACCACGGACAGUGGACUCCUCACCAGGGACAGCGGGCUCCAAACCACGGACAGUGGACUCCAAACCAGGGACUGCAGGCUUCUCCUCAGGGACAGCGGGCUCCAAACCAGGGACAGCGGGCUCCUCACCAUGGACAGCGGGCUCCUCCUCAGGGACGGCGGGCUCCAAACCAGGGACGGCGGGCUCCUCCUCAGGGAUGGCGGGCUCCAAACCAGGGACAGCGGGCUCCAUCUUAA